UUGAUUCGCUGAGACUUUGCUUCUGAAAUUUCGAGGCCUCUUCUACUGAUUAAAAUCAGGCAUUUGUGCUCAUCAAUUUCCUGAAAUCAGCUGUUAUUCCAUUUGGGUAUUUGAUAAAAUGGGCGAUAUGAAAGAUAAAAUGAAAGGGUUCAUGAAAAAAUUCAACAAUUCGUUAUCGUCGUCUUCGUCUUCGUCUUCAGGUAAAUUCAAAGGGCAAGGUAGGGUUUUGGGUUCAUCGUCUUCUUCAAUUUCUUCAGCUCCGGUAAAUUCAAGCUCCAAUCGCCCUACAACCCAGGUUCAGGACCCGAAACCCGUUCCUUCCCCUCGACCCUCUUCAUCAACUUCCGUUGUUUUGCCCAAAAAGCCUAUUUCUCCUGAUCAGCCUACAAAGUCGACAGAAGGGUUUGAUCCGUUUGAUUCGUUGAUCACAACUGGUAAGAGAAACAAAAACGGGUAUGAUUUGAGAGUGUUCGAGUGUCCAAUUUGUAGCCGUCCAUUCGGAUCGGAGGAAGAGGUUUCUGAUCAUGUUGAGACUUGCUUAUCUAACAAUGAAUCAGAAUCAAAAACUGAUAAUAGCCACGGAAAAGAGGAGACGCGACGCGAAUUGGAAACUUGUAUUGGUACAUAUGUUUCUGGGAAACCAUCAGAUGGGUCAGUUGAGAUUGUCCUUAAGCUGUUGAAGAACAUAGCUAAAGAGCCUGAUAAUGUUAAGUUUCGAAAAAUUCGACUUGGGAAUCCAAAGAUUAAAGAGGCCAUUGCUGAUGUUGCUGGAGGUUUGGACUUGCUGGAAUGUGUAGGGUUUGAGCUGAAGGAGGACGAAGGGGAGAUGUGGGCAGUAAUGGAAGCUGCAAGUAGUGAGAAAAUUAAGCUGAUCAACCAAGCAGUUUGCUUGUUGGAACCACCAAAGACUGAAAUUCCGGCAUCUAAAACAGUACCGGCUAAGGUGGUGGAGCCAGAAGAGGUGAAGAAAGUCGAGAGACAGACUAGGGUGUUCUUUUCUGUGCCGGAAAGUGUAGCUGCAAAGAUAGAACUUCCAGAUUCUUUCUAUAGACUCUCCAUUGAUGAAGUGAAAAGAGAAGCUGAAAUGAGGAGAAAGAAGCUUGCAGAAUCUCAACUGUUAAUACCCAAAUCCUACAAAGAAAAACAAGCCAAAGCUGCAAGAAAAAGGCAUGCAAAAACCGUAAUCAGAAUACAGUUUCCGGAUGGCGUGGUUCUCCAAGCUUUUUUUAAUCCCAGAGAGCCGACUACCGCUCUUUAUGAGUUUGUGAGCGCAUCGUUGAAAGAUCCCAGUUUGGAAUUCGAGUUGCUGCACCCUAUUGUGAUCAAACGCCGUGUGAUCCCAAACUUUGGAGAGCAGUCCACAACGCUUGAAGAGGAGGAUUUGGUUCCAUCAGCUCUAAUCAAGUUUAGACCUAAAGAAACAGACUCAGUCGUGUUUACAGGUCUUUGUAACGAGCUGCUAGAAAUCAUUGAACCUCUGGUAUCUGAAUCAGCAGUUGCCUCACAAUAACAGUUCGACCACCGAAUCGGAUUUAUGGUGCAAAUUUUCGUGUUGAACGAUGAAUUUCUUUGUUGAAUUGAAAUAUACAUACAUAUAUAUACUGUUUGUAGGUUGUGCUGGUUUAUGGCAUGAUCUUUGCUUAGGAUUUAUAAGAGAUCUUUUUGGAGUUGUUAAUACAUUCACUGGGAAUUGGUUUUUAUUUCCAAA